AUGAGUGCCCUCCGGCAGUUUCGUCUGCUCUUGUGGAAGAAUCUUCUGGUCCAAUGGCGAUCGCCGAUCUUCACAACUCUGGAGUUGGUGAUUCCCUUGAUCCUGAUCGGGCUGACUUUUGGAUUGAUGCUUGGGGUAAGGAAAUUUUGGGGGUUGAAAAUGGGUAUCAGCUGGAAGAAAGAGCUCUCAAUAGGGGCUUUUUAUUUGAUAAAAAAUUAAAGUGCAAGGACUCUAAGUACGACGUUCAGAUUUUAAUGAAAGGUGACGCUAAUUUAGGCCAAUCUAUAAUAUUCAAAAAAGAAGUGUCGUAUUAUUAGCCCAUUUUCCAGAAAAACUAAUUUUUUUAUUCGGAAUUUUGUGAAUUUGACACUUUUUGCGAAUCUACCCAAGAAAAAUUUCAGCCUUUUUCUACCUAGAGUUUACUUUUUCAAGAUCGUAUACAAUCACAAUGAAAAAAUAAUACUUUGCUGAAAUGGUCAAGACGGCCUUUUUUGACGACUUGGAGCCGAUAAAAAAGAGCUUUAUGAAAAAAAUCACGAAUUUAUUGCUUUCAAAAAACUUAUGACCACCCAUUUAGUUACGUGACACAUACGAAAACUCGUACAACACAACAACAUUUCCGUCAUGGUAUGUAACGGGACGGGCAUUCGAUUUGAUCUCAACCACACCAAAGCCUGGAAACAAAACUGUAAGGAACAUAGUACUUUGACUUUUAUGGCAUCAAUAUUUUUAAGGACACAAUCCUGCCAUUGGACGUGUUCGUGACCGGUGAAGUCCCGUCAUGUCCAAUGUUGAGAAUUGAGAAGAACAAUGAGAGCGAUUUUACAAUCGGAAUUGAAUUUGCAUAUGCCCCGAAUGACACGAGUAUCAAUGACGUCAUGGAGAAUGUUAGAGUAGGGUUUUCAGUUUUUGAUUAAAUGACAUCAUUUGAUAUUGAUUAGGAAAGUGUCGAAAGUGCGACGCUCAAUUUUUUUAUUAACUUUUGUGUAUAUGUUCAUCAUAAGUCAAAUAUUUGCAUUACAAAUUUUAGCAUCGAUACAGCGAAAAAGAUCUUACCAAAGCCUUAAAAACGAUUCCUGGCGUAGAGAUGGAGAUGCUGAAGAAUCUGACAAUUUCUGUGGAAUCUGAGGUUAAAGGUAUUUUUGAUAUCUGCCAUGCUCUCUUAUUUCAGGGUUCGAAACGGAAGCCGAUCUAGUUGAUUACAUGACACAAUCGUUCACCCAUCAGUGCAACAACCCGCUGUUAGCUGGCGUUGUGUUUGACAGCACGUUAAACUUGUCUUCCUUCGAUUCAACAACGAAUAUUCAAUACAAGAUUCGUCUAGCCAAUACCAAGCGCAGAUUUCGCGACUUUGCUCAAGGCAUUUUCCCAUGGGAUACGAAGCAAUUGUUCUCGGUUCUGGCGUUCUCUGGACCGAUUGGGAAAGGGUAUCGGACCGGUGGAAACCCGGGUUAUUGGGCGGAGGGAUUCUUGACAAUACAACAUGCAAUUCAUCUGAGUGUCAUGGAGUAUGUGGAUGGAAAGAGGAGCAGUUUGCUAGAAGAUGUCCUCCAGGAAAGGGUCAUUAAGGUAGGUCAUCUUGGAAUGGCUAAACAGGGGCUUUUUGACCGUUUAUUCUGAUCGCAUGGACAAACAUUGCAUACAAUACAGAUAGUAUGUACAAUUUUAAACUUUCAGCUGAAACGUUUCCCCUUUCCACCGUAUUCCAAGAAGAUUAUCGAGAUUGGCGCCCUCUUCUUGCCUACCGUUUUCGCUUUUUCAAUGAUGAGCAGUGUUGUGUACAUCGUGCGAAAUGUGGUCAUGGAAAAAGAGAACCGCCUAAAGGUACGUUCAAUAUGAUAACUGACAAGUCUUGUUCCUUAUCAUGAAGAUGGGUCAGCAAGAUUACAAGUUUAAUUUGUGUAAAUGCGCCUCACCAAGAAAUCGACCGUUUUUUGCAAAUCAUACAUCAAGUUCAUCCUCCUUUGACCCAUAUAAUUCGCAAAAUUAUUAAUGCCCUCAGGGUUUUUAUAAAGUUAGAACUGGGAAAGUGCGAAAAAUUGCCAAAGAACGGUCGUAAAAAAGUAAAAAAGUCUUGAAUUUGGAAAUACCCUAUAGGCUCAAAGACUUGAUAGAUUGUUUUGCAAAAAGCAACACUCCAAUGCUCAAUUUGAUAUCUAAUUCAUAAGAAACGAUCCAUUUGAUGAUGAGUUAUGACUAUAACAAGCUUGCCACCUUUUGCUGACCCACCAUGGAUUACAAACUUGUUUAGGAAUACAUGAAGGUGAUGGGGAUGCAUUCCUGGAUUGACUGGGCCGCUCAUUUUGUCGGGAAUUAUGCAAAAAUGCUGCUUACUGUAAUCGUAUCCACAAUACUCAUGGCUUUCGUCGCUGAGAACACGGAUAUAACAAUCAUAUUUGUGUUAUUAGCAUUUUACGCAUUUACUGCCACUUACUUCGCCUUGGCCGUAUCUACAUUCGCCAAUUCGGGUAAUCAUUUCGAAGAUUUAUUGCCGAUUUCUACGAAAAUGUUUAGCUUUGUUGAUCUUUAGGUACUGCUGGAAUUUUAAUGGCAGUUGUUGGGUGGAUCAUUUUAUUUUUCUGGUCAACUUUCUUCUCAUCGAUUGACAUUCAACAACCACAUACUUAUCAAGCUCAAUUGCUCAACUGUCUCAAUCCGAAUAUUGCGUUAUCAAUGGGACUUAGCAUGUUGGCUCAGUACGAAACUCAAGGUGAUUACUAAAGUCAACUUACUUUUUAUUUUAAAAGUUUUAGACCACUCAGCAAGGAAUGAGUGGCACGUUUUUUUUGAGUAUAGCUCACAACUCGUUAUCUAUUUUUGUCAUCAAUGUACUAUAUUGACCUUUGAGGCCAAAAUUUUUAGAUUGUGUAAUUCCUAAACCUACCUAUGCCCUAAAGGCCUUUUAACACUUGAAAUGGAAAAAAAUCGGAUUAGUCAGACAGAAGGACCGUAUUUUUUGCAUUUCUCGUCAUGUGUAAAUCGUAAUUAUUCUGGUUCUUUGUAUAUAGAGCUAAAAAAUAGAAAAUAAAUACGGUUUGAAAUGGGACCUUUAGGGACCAGUUCGAUGCAUAAGUUAAAAAAAAAAAAAAAAAAAAAAAACUGCCCACAGAUGCUCAGCAACCCAAAACAGAACCAAAAUUUCUCACGCCCACUUUUGAGUUUCGUCAUGAACAAAGUGUCGCAAUUGACAAAAGUAAUAGAAUUAUUCCAAAAAAGAUUUUAUUUUUUUAUUGCGUAAUUGCCACAGAAAGGUUGCAACAUUUACUCUACCAUACAUUGCAGUAUUCCUAAUUUUACAGCCCAUGGAAUGAAAUGGCAUCAAAUCAACACCCCUCCCUCUCCAGAUCAACAUUUUACAAUGCUCCAAAUCCUCAUGGCUCUACUGGUUGAUGGCUUUAUUUUGAUGAUAAUCACUUGGUAUGUGGAAGCCGUCAAUCCGAAAUCUGAAGGCCUCACUCAAAAGCCGUACUUCUUUGUUUUGGUAGGUAUAACAUAGGUUCCAAAUAGUGUUAUUUUAGCCCUCUUAUUGGUUCCCAUCCUUGGCAAGGAAAGCGCCAAAGAACAGCGAAGUAAAUGGAAUAGACAACAGCCGAGCUAACGUCGAAGCCGAGCCUUCUUAUAGGCCAACAAUCAGAGUGACAGGGCUCACCAAGAUUUACAAUGCUGGCUGCAGCUGGUUUACCAGCAAAUCGGUAAGAUAUCCAAGCAUUUUUUAAGAAUAAAAACGCCUCUAUAAUUGAGCAAUAUUCUUACAGAAACAAAAAAUCGCUGUUGACAAGCUCACUCUGAACAUGUACGAAGGCCAUUGCACCGCCUUAUUGGGUCAUAACGGAGCUGGAAAGUCGACGACCUUUUCAAUGCUUUGCGGUCUUAUUGACAGUACAAGCGGGACCGCCUACAUCAACGAUUAUGACAUUAGAACGGCCAUGCCGAUGAUCCGAAAACAACUGGGCUUCUGUCCGCAAUAUAAUAUUCUGGUGGACCAGAUGACUGUGAUGGAGCAUUUGGAAUUCUUCAGCAAAGUCAAGAACAGAGGGUGGGAGCCGGAAGAAGCGCUGAGAUUGCUGCGACAACUGAAAUUGGAGAACAAAAAGGAUGACUUUGCUGGGAAGUUGUCUGGAGGUCAGAAGAGGAAGCUGAGUUUGUGCAUCGCGCUUAUUGGCGGGUCUGAGGUAAGUAGGUGCAUUUUUAAAGCUCUUUAGGCAGCCGUUUCUGAAAUAUUUGUAUAAGAACUGUCCAAGAUGAUAUAAAUUAAACUUGGGCAGCUCAAAAAAUUUUUAUAUUUUCCAGAUAGUAAUGCUAGACGAACCAACCUCCGGAAUGGAUCCGGGAGCCCGUCAUGAAGCCUGGACUCUGAUUCAGAAAGAGAAAAGGAACCGGACCAUCUUACUGACCACACAUUACAUGGAGGAAGCGGAUCUGCUCGGAGAUCGAAUAGCCAUUAUGGCCAAUGGACAGCUUCAAUGUUGUGGGUCAAGUCUUUUCCUGAAGAAGCAUUAUGGUGCUGGUUAUCAUGUGGUCGUUGUAAUGGAGUCCAAGAAGGAAGGGGAGGAAAACAAAGUGGACAAGUUGAGGAGGUUCUUGGCCACCUUGAGCGAGAACAUUGUAUUCCAGUCGAUCACUGGAAAUGAGCUGACAUUUUUAUUGCCUAACGAAGAGAGACCAAGGUAGAAAAGUGUUAUUAAAGUAUAGUAAUAUUUGUAGAUUCCCCAAGAUUUUUGGUGACUUGGAAGAUAAGCAGUCGGAAUUGGGAAUUCAGUCGUUUGGAGUGUCGAUUACAACCAUGGAAGAGGUCUUUUUGAAGUGAGAGUUUAGAAAAUUCCCAAAUUUGUUACUGCGGCUUGGAGUGUAUGAAACAUUGAAAUUUUAGAGUGAACAAUAUAGCUGAAGGAUCGACUUCAACCGAAGUUAUUGAUGAUACAAACAUCGCGAAGGGAUUGAAUGAACUGAGAAGUAAGUAAAAUUGAAGGGAAUUUGGUUGCUUUCUAUUCAUCAAAUAAUGAUUUGAUUGCAUCCUUGCAGACUCCCAAGACAGCAUCCGUCAUUCUGGAGUGCAUCUUUUACUCCACCAAUCAAAAGCAUUGCUCUUCUCGAAACUCAUGUAUUACAAAGCCCAAUUCAAACAAGUUGUUGUUCAAAUAAUCGUCCCAGUCCUUUAUAUGGCAUUGUUUGUUUGGACCGCGACAACAUUUCCCAAUGCUGAAGAACAAGAUCCGUUGACGAUUGAUUACAGUAGCUUUAGCAUCGAUGAGCCCGCCAAUAUCAUUGUGAAUUCGUUGAACACAGAUCUUCCAAGGUAGAGCAAUAUUGGAAACUUCGAAUCCUGUAUUUUAGACGGAUAAACAGCACGUUGGAUAUGUGGGACCCGGAGCUUCCACGGGUUGUAAAUUACGUAACGAAUAUUACAGCUGGGCUGGAAAAUCUUACGGAAAUUAUCGCCGGAACAUGUCAUGAAGUGAGUGCAGAAAAAGACUUUAUAUUUGAGGCUUCCAAUAACUUGAUGAGAUUCCUUAAUUUUAGCAAGGAACUCGCCGUUUUGGCCUCCACAAUCCUGUCGCGAUCGAAGAGAAAUCCAGGACUUUUAUGGAAACAAUCGAAGUAACAUUUAUGACCGGUCUCUUCAAUAACUUUGCCUUGCAUUCUCCACCGUUGGCCGUCAGUCUCGUGGAUUCUGUUCUUUUCCAAAGAACGGUCAACAGGAGUAUUGCAUUUACUGUAAGUUUGUCGUCUAUGGGCCUUACCAGGCAUAUGCUGCAGGAGCUUGCUUUCAAUUUAUUCCUUAAAAACCCCAAGUCUUUUUCAAAUUUAAGAUAUUAAAAUUGUCUUCCUAGCGAAAUACACACCGAAUUGUAAGCAUUACUUUUUAUUUUUUUGUUUUUUCGACACGACCGGCGGCGGAAAAAACGUUUGAAACGCUGUGCAUAGCUCUUUUUUGCAUAGAUUAUUUUGAAAGGAUUGCUUUGCAGCCCUCCCUUCCUCAUCAUUUUUUUCAACGUUUGUCCUAAAAUCCACUUCCAGACCGUAAAUCAUCCCCUCCCUCCAACGUACGAAGACAAACUCAAGAAUAGCCAGAACACUCAGAGUUCUGGGAUGGUGAUCGGCUACGCAAUCAUCGCCGCGAUGAGCAUGGCCAUCUCCGCGUACGCCGCUUUUCUGAUUCGGGAGAGGAAAAAGAAAUUCAAGCAUAUGCAAAUCAUGAUGGGACUGCCACUGUGGUUAUAUUGGGUGAUGCAGUUUGUGAUGGAUCUGGUCUUAUAUGUGAUCCCAGUGUUGCUGAUUCUGGUGGUAUUCAAGUUGUUCGAAAUCAGCGUCUACGUGCAUGAUGCCAGCAUAUUGGCGAUGUUGUUCGGGUUCAUGUUGUUGUUUUAUUGGACGGCAGUCCCGUUUGUUUAUUGUCUCUCGUUCUUGUUCGGAUGUGCGCCAAAGGGAAAUACGUUGAUUGUGAUUUACAAUAUCAUCACGGGUGAGUGAAGUUUGGGAGAUUUUUUAUUUCUACAGGGGAAGUACCCCAAGUGCGACGCUCAGAUUUUAUUUCAAUCUUGCACACACGUAUGGACUAAAUAUCAAUUUCUGAAAGUUUUAGCUCCCGCUUUGCGGGCACCGCCGAGAUAUCAAACGAUCUUUGCUGCUGAGAGGGCACGCUAAACGCGGAGAGCGGUCAAAGAGAAAAACGCUUUUUGGCCAUAGCUUUGGCAAUUUCAUGCGGAAAAAUUUUGAUUUUUUGUUGAAACAUUAUCCUUUACGGUAGAAAUACUCAUGAAACUUUUCGUGCCGAAAUUCGGCAAAACGUCCUAAAUUUUCUUUCGAUCUAAAAAUCUCGAUUGUUUGUACAAAGCGCGAGCUAGGAUUCUCGCAUAUAUCUUAGAAAAAAUUAUUCUAAAUUUCUGCCAAGUUUCGGCAAAAUCGGAGCGUCGCACUUGGAGUACUUCCCCUGUUAGUAAGAUUGACCUUUGUUGAACAAACUCCCAUACAAAAAAGCCUCUCUAUAACGAACAAUUUUACACGAACCAUGAGUCAAAUUUAGGCCUUAGUAAACCAAUAUUUUCAGGUAUGAUUGGCGCCAUUGCGGUCCCAAUUCUCAAGCAAACCGAUGGCGAAGAUGUUGCCUACACUUGGGAGAUUGUCUUUUCCUUCCUCUUCCCGACCUUCACCAUUAACAAUCUGUUUGUCAAGGUUUAUUCCAAUGAAUUCAAUCGUUUAUCUUGCAAACAGAUUAACUGUGAAUUGGAAAUCUUCAAGAAAACGGUUGGAUUUUGUUGCGGAAAUGAUGACGGUAACUUUAAAACAAAUUAUGAAACUUUUAAGCUCAGAAAGAUCAUUUGUGGAUGAGAUUUAUUGGAAUACCAGUAAGAAAGGACUGUUUUACAGCACGUUGUUCCUGUUAAUCGAAGGGUUUAUCUACUGGUUUGUCCUUUAUCUCAUCGAAUCUGGAAAGAUUUCUGAUAUUAAGGAGUUUUUGUCGAUGAAAAAAGCAAAUCAGGACCAAAAAGGAAAGGAGAAUGAAGUGAGGAUAAGGUCGAGAUAUCAGGGCAUCUGUGAAAUUUCUUUUGGACUCUUUAAACACUCAAUAUUUGCAGGCCUUUGACGUUGAGGUUCCGUUAACGGAUGAGCAAGAUGUCAUGGAGGAGAAGCGAAAUAUUAAAUCAAUGAAACCGAAAGAUCAUCCGGUAGUUGUGGAUGGCCUUAGCAAAACGUGAGAAUUCAAUUUUCAUUUCUUAUGACGUCAUUUGUUGACAAAAGAAAAUCGUCAAAAAUUGACAAUUUUUUAUUUUAAUCGUAAAAACUUGACGUCUAAGAAAAUGAUUGCAAAAUUUUUAACGCCUCAAAAAAUUCUUGAACAAAUAAAAUCUAAAAAUUUCAUUGCAGAUACGGUAAUUUCCGGGCCGUAAAAGAAGUGAAUUUCCACGUAACCGAGAAGGAUUGCUUCGGAUUACUGGGUGUUAAUGGCGCUGGGAAAACGUCGACUUUCCAGAUGAUAACUGGAGAAAAUAAAAUCACAAGUGGCAAUGCGUAUAUCCAAGGGCACAGUGUAAAAACAGAAUGGAGAGAGGUAUAUUUAUUCUUCACUUACUAGAGCCGGAUAUGUGCAGGCAUAAAUAUACAGAGUUUAAUGAAAUUGGGUACAUUUAGGCCUGCUACAAUGCCGGCUACUGCCCUCAAUACGACGCUGUGAUGAAGGAACUGACCGGAAUUGAAACGCUCUCUCAUUUGGCAAGGAUACGAGGCAUCAAAGAGAAAGAUGUCAGCAUUAUUGUAAAGACAAUAAUCACUGCCAUUGGCAUUGAAAAAUAUGGAAACAAACAAAUCAAAACUUACAGGUAAGUCAUCUAUCUAAUAAUUUCUUUAAAUUCACAUGCUUGUAGUGGUGGAAACAAACGUCGCUUGAGCAUGGGAAUAGCGUUGAUCGGGAUGCCCUCAGUCAUGUUAUUGGACGAGCCGACGACCGGAGUAGACCCCAAGGCCCGCCGUUUCAUCUGGAGUAUUUUAUCGCACCUCAGAGAGACCGGCAUGGCGAUUGUUUUGACCAGUCAUAGCAUGGAGGAAUGCGAAGCGCUAUGCACAAAUUUGGCAAUAAUGGUGGGCGGGGAAUUUGUGUGUAUGGGAAGUCCACAACAUAUCAAAAAUAAAUAUGGAUCCGGCUACAGUUUGAUUGUUACGUUGGAGGAUGAAAAGUACAGCAAAGAGGCCAUCAAAAAGACGGAAGAUACGUUCCCUGGGGCUGUUUUGAAGGUAAUUUUUUAGUAUUUGUAAAUAUUUUAAAAGCCUGUCCAAAAAGUUUCCAUAGAGACAUGAAUGAAAAUUGGAUCCUGAUUUUCGUUCCACCAUCAUCAAACUCUGAUCGUUGCACCUUGACAGAUGUCUUUGUCAGUUUGGAAUUCCCCAAAACAAUCUAUUUCGAGUGCAGCUAUACUUAUUUUAAACUUGUUUUCCUCAAUUUUCCAUUCACCUCAGAUCAAAGCCCUAAAGCGCGGUCAUUUGUUGUUCCAGCCAUUGUAAUUGGCCCAUUUAUCACAACCGCUUUCAGGAACAGCAUCUCUUCCAAUUGAGAUUCGAGCUGCCCAAACGUGCCGAACAACGCUGGUCACAGCUGUUCGCGGAGUUGGAACGAUUGUCAGUUGCAUGUCAUUUCGUCGAUUAUUCACUCUCCCAAACCACCCUCGAACAGGUAACCAGAACAUGGGCGUGCAUCAAACUGAUUGAUCGCUUCUUUUUCCAGGUCUUCCUGCAGUUCUCGCAUCUUGGCCUCCAGGAUGAGACGACCAAACUAUAG